AUGACAUUGAUCGCUUUAGACAUGAUGAAUCGACCAUCUGAAAUUGGAAGAGUAUUACAGAUCAUCAUAUUGAUCUGUUGUGCCAUUUCUCUGAAACCGACUAUAAUAUGGGAUCGUUCUGUUGAUAUUGUGGAUUUCUUAGGAAUAACAGAUAGAAUAAAGGCCAAGCUACUGAGCAGAAGAUAUGUAAACCAGUUAUUGGAGGAAGUUGUACUAGGUAGCGAUUGUGAACAAGGUUCGAUAUUGAUGGAAGUUGGAGGGUUAGAGAAUUUAACAAAUGAUCCAACAUCUCAGCGAAUUGAUUAUUUAAUCGAAUCAUUCGUAAUUGAUGUUGAUUAUGAGUUUGAUCUCAGAGUUCAGAUAGGAAAUUGGGGAAUAAUUGGAGGAACUUUUCACGAUAAGUUCCAUCUUGUUGACUCUUGUAAUUAUUCUCGUUUUUCGCAGGAACGGUUAACAGCAAACGUUGAUAAAAGUACAAUUCUCCGUCUUCUACAUUGA